AUGAAUCGAUUCCGUACGAAGAAGAAUAAGAAGGAGAAUGUCGAUGGCAUUGCUAGAGCAUCGACAGAUUCAGAUGGACCAGCACUCCCAAGCAUCAAAUCAUCAAUGACCUUCAGAAGGGGGAAGAAGAGCCAUGAAGAGCCAGCGAAACCAGAGCUUGAUCUCGCCUCUGCAUUGCCAUCCUCAGAUGAUUUCCGAACAAGUCUGCUUAUGAGUGGUUUGUCUGCACGAUUCUCCAUGCUCCGAGAGCAGGACGAUCCAAAGUCGAAGAUUGGCAAAGCAAGUGACGAUAGCGUGCUAUUUCCCAAACGACAAUCACGGAUGAACGAUUUUGGAUUCCAAGCACAUGGACUUUCGGACAUUGCAGAGGUUUCGUCAAUCAAUGGAUCAAUCAGGCCGCCUUUUGCCUUCUCAAGAACGGACUCUUAUAAUACUACUGAGGGUUAUGGGACAGAUGAUGACUCGCAGCACAGUGGGAGCAUAAUGAAUCGAGCGAAGCCAGGAGAAAGUAAUAAUUUAUUUGGAGGGAGACAAAAGAUAUCCAUGGGAAACAGGACAUUAUAUGACAACGAUGUUAGUCAAUCUGCUUUUCAGAAGCUUAGGGAGAAGGAGAGACAACAAAAGGAGGAAGCCGAACGACGAGAGCAAGAGGAAAAUGAAGCAGCAUCUUCCCGGCCCAGCUCUCCGCUAUUCUCAGGUUAUAAUCGAAACAGGGAGACAUCGUCGACUACUUCCUCAGGAGGACCCUCUAACACGCGGACGUCGACUGCUGCUACAUCGUUCACCUCCCAAAGGACUCCAUCACUAAGCGGAGCACAUACUCCAAUUUCACCAAACAUUCCUACGUCGGGCAACAUUGGACUUGAGCGAUCAGUAACGAAGACUCGCCGACUCUAUGAGACUGGUCUUGAUAACCAUCUUCAUGAACAGCAAUUCUCGGCAAUGAACAGAAUCGAUACUUUGACACGACAACGGACAUUGGGAGGUCAUACUCCACCUUCAGGACCAUCACCAACCUUUGCAGCACACCCAGCUGACCGAUGGGGUGAUCGAGUACAAAUUGCCAGUAAGGGUAGCAUGCCAAAUCUCCGAACAGCCAGUCCUGCGACAGGACCUGGUAUGGGUACUUUUGACUUUGGCGUCAGACAGCAAACAAUUGCAGAGACCAAGCCGUUUGGAAUGACGUCUCCACCGCUGAGCCCGCCCAUGAGUGAGCACGGUGAGCAAGGUGUGCUCACCGUUCAGCCGAACGACAGAGGCAAGGCGACAGCCCUGGGUGCCUUUUCCAAACCAGCACAACCUUAUGAUGAAACCAAAUACUCGCAGAGACAGCUGCAGAUGCAGCAAGGACGCGAGACACCACCUCUAAGGAAGCACUCGCCGCCUGCUGCCUUCAUCCCUAAGCAGCAACAAAUGACGGGCCGAAAUCGUGCCGAGUCAAAUGCCACUUUCGCAUCCGAAAGAUCCAGAUCAAACUCGUCCGCUCAGAGACACUUCCUUCCUCCUGACCGAAUCCCUGAAGCUUCAAAGCAAGUUACAGUCCCAGAAGACGAAGCAAUUGCUUCUGGUACAUUCUUCAGCUCAGGAGAUGAUAGCUCGGUGACGUCCCCUUCCGAGCCGGAACCAAUUAAGUCAAAAUUGCAACCCAAACCACUUGAUCUCUCUCAUCUUUACCAUCCAGAUCAACAGAUCUCCCUUGAGCGACCGCCAGAAUCACAACACCCAGCUCACCGUCAACGACCAUUCGAAGAAGAGUCGAGAGGCAAAGUUCCUGCUCUCCCAUCAUCUACCUUGCAACCGGUCAAGCCAGUAACUCCACAAGAACCCGCUGAUUCACCUACUCUGGGGCCUACCUCUGGUUUGAGUGGAAUGGUUCGACAACAUCUGAGGACAGACAGCAAUACCUCGUCAAUAUAUGGGGGCGUUCCUUCCGUCAACUUUGGCUCCCGCUUUCCACUGGACCCCACGGAUCCGAUGCCCCAGAACGAUUAUGGAACCAAGAAUAACCCAUGGGAUGACAAUGACUGGGAGCACACAUACUAUGGCGAGAGCAAUGCUGAUCAAGAUGGAGCUGCUAAUUUCUUGAACGGCAAUAGUUUUGUUCCGCCACCUCUUUCAGUCCGCUCUCCAAACCUGGACAAUGCUGGGAAGUCACCCAUCAAGCCUGACUGGGAAAAGGAGCUGGAAGUCCACCAUACUCGUGACGGUAGCACUGAAACGCAAAAGGAACAACAAGACUUCAAGAACGAGUUGGCCUCCCGGCGAAGACAAAUAACGGAAAAUCUGAAGAGCUUUCACGAGACCGAAAGCAGAUCUGCAAGUCCAAUGCCUCCUGUUGACCUCCCCAAGGAUCCUCCUAUGAACGCUGUUCUAGCAAAGACUAACGCUUUGGGCCUAUUGAAGAAGACAAGCCGAGGCUCCUUGGUAGUUCGACAAAAAGAACCCGGACAAUCCAAAGCCAUGAAAAUGCUUGGAAUCGGCAAUGCAACAAUGACCAGUUCUCCCUCACCCGGAAAAUCUACCUUCGGUGAGGCCUGGAAACAGGAAGAGGAAGAAAUGCUUCGCGGCGUUCCAACCACUCCUCCUACAACCAAGGCCUUCAGACAAGCCAGAAGAGAUGCGCAGCGUGAACGAGAACGUCAGGUAGCAAUGAAACACCAACAACAGAGGAUGGCCCAGGAUUUCCAAGAGAGUGAGUGGCCAAACCCCAGGGUGGAUAACCAACCCCGCUACCAAGGACAGAAUAAUGAUCGCGCCCCCCCUAACAUUCGGACCCGGCACCGGACUCCUAGCAGAGAGCGAAAGCCUCCUCCAGUUGCCUACGCUCAUCGUAAUGGCACUACCAGCAGUCGGGAGAGCAAGGACAGCACAGGAACCAGUCGAUCAGACUCACGGCCGCAGUCUCGGUCUUCUCGCGAGCGAUCUGGUUCGGAUACUUCUGGUGGUCGAUCAAAGAGUCGAAAUGGAAGAUACAAAGACGAUCUAGCCAGGGCUAUGGCUGAAGGAACUUCUAGUUCUGCCCAAGGAGCGUACGAUGAACUUGAACCACCUCCAAACCGUCUCUUACCCAGGUCACCUGGGACUCCUAAUAUGAUGUUCCAACAAUCUCCCAUCCCAUCCCCUAUGAUGGGACCUGAUCCUCGGAUUCGAAGCAACAGCAGAACAGGCUACUUUGACCCAGUACAAAAGACCUUGACGGUCCAAACUGGUGGCGAUAUAAUGGACAUUGGCAAAGCUCCAAGGCCUUCUCCUACGGCUCCUUUCGUUGUCAAUCCUACACCUGCACUUAUCCAACCUUCACCUUCAGGAUCUGGGACCAGUACACCUACAAGCGGCGUAGCUCAAGGUAUCUCGGCCCGGAAACGCUCGAUCAACAAAGCCGACAUAUCGGAACCAAGAUUCAUCUCAUCAACUUCGAGAGUAGACACUGUCAAUUUGCCACCUGGAUCUUCGCUCAAGAAUGGCUUGGAAAUCCACGCUCCUCCUAUUCCUCCCGUCAAUCCUCGACGUCGCCAGACUCGAGGUAUGUUUGGACUAGGAAGGAAAGACGAUUACGAGGAGCAAUAUUCGAUACCCGCUGCAACUCAGUCCAGCGAGGAAAUGAGCACCUUCUCCGCCGACGAAGACUCUAAACCCAAAAACAAAGUGGGAAAGCUUCGCAAAAGCUCCAGUGAAGGCGGAAACCUGAACGCCAGAGCGCGAGAGGUCGCCCGAGCUGCUCCAAGCCCAGCAAUGCCCGGAUCGUUCCCGUCCGGAAGC